AUGGCCGGCUCACCCUCCUCUGGCUCCAAGCCGGAGAAAUCCAUGUCGUCGCGUCUGCUGACAAUGAAGUUCAUGCAACGCGCCGCCGCUUCCGCUGCUGCAAACGAACCCUCCCAAACCCCCGACACUCCCAGCCCGAAACGACACCGCAAUGGCCAAACCGAAACCCAGAGCCCCGCGACCCCCCAAUCAGAUCUGGAGGCCAUCUCGGCGGCCCUGGCGGCCGAGGAGGAGCGACGCAGAGAGGCGGUAAAUCGACAGGCUGCCGAGGCGGGCGAGUCUGAAUGGGUGCUCGAUUUCGGUGCCGGCACGCAGUAUGCGCCGCAGCCGCGAGUCGUGACGGCGGAUUCGUUGGACGCGGAUGAUGAUGAUAUGAUGUAUGGCGGGAGACAAUCGUAUGGGAAUUUUAAGCGGAAGAAGAGAGUCGUGACGGAAAAUGGUGAAACGGCCACGGUCGACGAGGACGACGAGGAUACCGACGCGAUGAUCAAGAGAGAAAAAGCGAAAGCGGAACGAAGCGGCCCAGUCAAGUUGUCCAAACUCACCAGUAUAUCGGGUGCAGGAGGCCAACCCACGUUCGGGCGUAGUCGGUCGCCGUCGCAGUCGAAGAAGAAGAGAAAGCAUAAAUAG